AUGCAACACCUCUCGCGGUCGACCCUAGGGUUCAUUGGUUCUGCUCAAACUCUCUGGUGGUUUCCAGCUCUCGCGCAACGAGAUUCUGCGGCAGCAUCGACCAUUCUAAAUCAGCAUCUGGAGCACGUUUUUAGAUUGCCCUUGUGUGGACCAUGGAGCAUUUUUGGAGUAAAAAGUGAGAACCUGAGUAAGCGGUGCUACACAACCUUGAAGGUCAAACCUAGCUAUUACAUGGAAGAAUUGCAGAUAGCUAUCAAGGAUGCUACACAGAGAAAUAUGGUGGGCACAGGUACUGAGGAUGCUACAGAGAGCCCUCCGAUCGGGGCAACCAUUAAGGAUGUUAUAAAGGGCAGUAAAACUGCUAUUGAUGGUAUAUGUCCUGCAACAAUUCAUCCGAACAGUAGCCAUCGUGAUGGCACUAUAUACAAGAAAAGGCUUUACUGGAAAAGUGACUAUAAUAUUGAUAUCACUGACCGUGAUGAAACUCGGGUGGAGCCAAUGAGGUUUGCAGCGACCACAAAUUGCCUUCCUGAUCCGGACAAUUGCUACUACCAUGUGCCAUGUCAAAUGAUGCAGAUUUUCUCACUGAAGUUGGCUAAAGCUUCUAUAAACAGUGGGUUGAUACAGUUAUAUGGAUACAUAGCAGCACGAGAUGAUGUUGAUUCAAAGCUUAAUUAUGUUUUCAAUCGAAGCAGAGAUGAUCAUAUCAUCGUGCAGCAGGGUUCCCUCAUCGAAAUGACUGGCCCUAAGAGAGGCGUCGCACUGAAUUGUGAUGUUCUGUUUGAGUUUGACAUGAGAAUCAAGAAUGGGGAGCAAGAGGAAAAUGAUCUCCAGCUAAUUGACGGAGUAACAGAAUUUUAUGAAAUUAGCAUGCCGUGUAAACCAUUCACUAUUCGCAUUAAUGGUGAUGCUGGCGCAGUGGACAUGUCUUUAACAAAUGUUUAUGGAGUUGAGGCUACAGUAGAAAUCUUCAUAUCCGAAGUGGAAAAUGGUUUUGAUUUAUCUAUCUGCUGUGUUGUUUCGGUACUGGAGGAACAUAAAGAAUUUCAGCUUUUUGGUGCUCCUAUUGGUGAAUCGUGUGGCUUAAGAAGGUUUGUGAUUGCUGUCGAGAUGGAUACUAUGAUGCAUUUGAAGUUCAAGGUACACCAACACGGCUCAAAUGUUGAACAUUGCUGUUCCUUUGAAGCUAAGCUGCAUGGAUGUGCCAGCCAUGACAUAAAGCUUGAGGUCGCUUCUCUCUCAGUGAAGGUGACUUGGUCGGCGUUAAUUGAAUAA